CUGGAAUUGCCAUAACCAAAAUAAAUAAAUUAAAUGCUAAGUUUUCUUCUAUGGUCGGAAAAUUGCCACAAAAGGGACCCACUUAUCCUAAGUUCCUACAGAGAUCUGUUUUCUUUCACAACAUUUAAAAAUCCAAACUUUUCUUUCUUUGGCUCAAAAAAACCUUCCAAUGGCUUCUUCACUUCCUCUGUUACCCAAACCCAUUUCCCCAUUCUUUAAAACGCCGCCGUUUUCUACCUCCAAACCACUCGUCUUCCUCAACUUUCAAACUCGUCUUACGUCGAGAUCUUCCGAUGUAUCGGUCAAUCUCAAGAAGAAGAAUAAUCCGUGGCUCGACCCGUUUGAUAGCGGUGAAGACCCGGAUAACGAAUACGGGUCCUUGUUUGCCGACGGAAAACAAGACGAGGAUCCAAGACCACCGGAUAAUCCUGAUAACCCUUACGGCUUCUUGAAGUUUCCAAAGGGUUACACCGUCGAGCUUGCUUCUUUACCGUUGAAAAUCAGAGGAGAUGUUAGACGAUGUUGCUGCGUUAUCUCCGGUGGCGUUUACGAGAAUCUACUCUUUUUCCCGACUAUUCAGCUAAUCAAAGACAGGUAUCCUGGUGUUCAGGUAGAUAUAUUAACGACUGAAAGAGGAAAACAAACAUACGAGCUAAACAAAAACGUGAGAUGGGCCAAUGUGUAUGAUCCGGAUGAUCAUUGGCCUGAACCAGCUGAAUACACAGACAUGAUCGGACUCCUCAAAGGAAGGUACUAUGACAUGGUUCUGUCCACGAAGCUAGCAGGGUUAGGCCACGCAGCGUUCUUGUUCAUGACAACGGCUCGAGACAGGGUUAGUUACAUUUACCCGAAUGUUAACUCUGCAGGAGCUGGUCUGAUGCUGUCCGAGACCUUUACAGCAGAAAAUACCAACCUUUCAGAAUUAGGUUAUAGCAUGUAUACUCAGAUGGAAGAUUGGUUAGGAAGACCGUUUAGGAGUGUUCCAAGGACUCCUCUGUUGCCACUUAGGGUAUCGAUUUCACGGAAAGUGAAAGAGGUUGUGGCUGCAAAGUAUAGGAAUGCUGGAGCAGUGACGGGGAAGUUUAUAGUGAUUCAUGGUAUUGAAUCAGAUUCUAAGGCAUCAAUGCAAUCAAAAGGAGAUGCUGAUAGUUUACUUUCACUUGAAAAAUGGGCUAAGAUUAUAAAGGGUGUAAGGGGAUUCAAGCCGGUCUUUGUGAUUCCACAUGAGAAAGAAAGAGAAAACGUUGAAGAUUUUGUGGGUGAUGAUACAUCUAUAGUGUUCAUCACAACACCAGGACAGUUGGCUGCUCUGAUAAACGAUUCUGCUGGAGUCAUCGCAACAAACACAGCUGCGAUUCAACUAGCUAAUGCGCGAGACAAACCAUGUAUUGGGUUGUUCUCUUCAGAAGAGAAAGGGAAGCUCUUUGUACCGUAUGCAGAAGAGAAGAGUAACUGUGUAAUUAUUGCUUCGAAGACUGGAAAACUAGCAGAUAUCGACAUUGGAACUGUUAAAAAUGCAAUGCAGGUCUUUGAAGGAUCAUUGGCUCUCGUGUAGAUAACUUUACAGUUUCUGAAACAAGUUCUAUAUAUAGAGCAUUUAUGUGUAUAAAUCAGUUAUGUAGUCUCUGUUCUGAUGUUGGCCUCUCAUCAAGAAUUGGAUUAUUCAGCAUCAAAAUCAGGUUCCGGAGGCUUUUGCAGAUUUAUCAAGGUCUUUGAACU